CCGCUCCGGCAAGCAACUGCUGCCCGCGCCGCCGCUCACCAUCAGCCGCCCGCCCGCCCGCCCGCGAGCUCCUCCUCCUCCCCCACACCGCUUGCGUGCCUCCCUCCCCUCCCCUCUCGAGGUCUUCCCUUCAAAGCCACUGCCACUGCCACUCCGCCGCCCGGUUCUCCUCUACUUAACUCCAAAGCCUCGCCUCCUCUUCUCUCUGUCCGCCCUCCUCGCCUCCUCUUCCUUGCUUCCUUCCUGAGGCCUUGGAUAUUGCUGGGCUUAUGAAAAACGUAUGGCACUAGUGUUUACAGGUCCAAGUAUGGGUUCCAGAGAAGCAUCCCUGCGUACCAUAUUCUGCUUCUUGCUUCUGUUCUGCCUUGGCUGCAAAUGUCUAGCAUCAGAAUUAAAGGCCACCCAAACAGCGGUCCUCAAGGUCGAUGCUUCGCCACAACUUGCUCGACAAAUCCCUGACACACUAUUUGGAAUAUUUUUUGAGGAGAUCAAUCAUGCAGGAGCUGGUGGAAUAUGGGCAGAACUUGUUAGUAACAGAGGUUUUGAAGCUGGAGGACCUCAUACCCCUUCAAACAUUGAUCCAUGGUCCAUCAUUGGAGAUGACUCUUCUGUAUUUGUGGCAACUGAUCGAACAUCAUGUUUUAGUCGGAAUACUGUUGCUCUAAGGAUGGAAGUUCUCUGUGAUGAUUGCCCCGCUGGUGGUGUAGGCAUUUACAACCCAGGUUUCUGGGGCAUGAACAUAGAAGAUGGAAAGACCUACAAUUUAGUGAUGUAUGUUAAAUCACCAGAAACUGUGGAUUUGACGGUUUCCUUAACAAGCUCCGAUGGGUUGCAAAAUCUGGCUUCAACUACCAUCCCGGUUUCUGGGGCAUCGAAUUGGACAAAACUGGAGCAGAAAUUGGUUGCUAGUGGAACAAAUAGAACCUCAAGGCUUCAAAUAACAACUAACAAGAAGGGAGUUGUAUGGUUUGAUCAAGUAUCACUCAUGCCUUCAGACACUUACAAGGGACAUGGUUUUCGCACAGAACUUAUAUCUAUGAUGUUGGAUCUGAAACCACGAUUCUUGAGAUUCCCAGGAGGUUGCUUUGUGGAGGGGGAAUGGUUAAGGAAUGCAUUCAGGUGGAGAGAAUCUAUUGGUCCAUGGGAAGAGAGGCCUGGACACUUUGGGGAUGUUUGGCAUUACUGGACUGAUGAUGGCCUUGGAUAUUAUGAGUUUCUCCAGCUUUCUGAGGACCUGGGUGCUGCCCCAAUCUGGGUGUUCAACAAUGGAAUCAGCCAUAAUGACGAAGUUGAUACUGCUGCAAUUGCUCCUUUUGUAAAAGACGUAUUGGACAGUCUAGAGUUUGCAAGGGGGAGUGCAGAAUCAACAUGGGGUUCUGUUAGAGCUGCAAUGGGGCACCCUGAACCAUUCCCUGUCAAAUAUGUUGCAAUUGGAAAUGAAGAUUGUGGGAAAAAAUUUUACCGCGGUAAUUACCUCAAGUUUUAUAAUGCUAUAAGGGAGGCCUAUCCAGACAUUCAAAUGAUUUCAAAUUGUGAUGCUUCAUCAAGUCCACUUGACCAUCCUGCUGAUUUAUAUGAUUUCCAUGUCUAUACUGAUUCUAAGACUUUGUUUUCAAUGAAGAAUACAUUUGACAUCUCAUCUCGUAAUGGGCCCAAGGCUUUUGUUAGUGAAUAUGCUGUAUGGAGAAGUGAUGCAGGUAGAGGAAGUCUUCUUGCUUCAUUGGCAGAGGCUGCUUUCCUUACUGGACUGGAGAAGAAUAGUGAUAUUGUUCAGAUGGCAAGUUAUGCACCACUCUUCGUGAACAAUAAUGAUCAAACGUGGAACCCAGACGCUAUUGUAUUUAACUCUUGGCAACAAUAUGGAACUCCUAGUUACUGGAUGCAGACGCUUUUCCGUGAAUCUAGUGGUGCUAUGAUUCAUCCAAUUACAAUCACUUCCAGCUACUCUGGUUCUCUGGCAGCAUCUGCAAUUACUUGGCAAGACUCUGAAAAUAGCUUCCUAAGAGUAAAGAUUAUAAACUUUGGGUCAGAUCAAGUGAGCCUCACGAUCUCUGCAACUGGGCUUCAGGCCCGUGUCAACACAGUGGGAUCAACUGCCACUGUUCUCACUUCCAGCAAUGUGAUGGAUGAAAAUUCUUUCAGUAACCCAAAUAAGGUUGUGCCGGUCAAAAGCCAGCUGGCCAAUGCUGCAGAGCAGAUGAAAGUCACACUUGCUCCUCACUCUUUCUCCUCAUUCGAUCUUGCGCUGGCCCAGUCCAAACUCGUGGCAGAGAUGUGAAACGGCACCAUGAGAAUAGCGGCUGAAAUACAUAAGAUGUGAUAUGAGAAUACGAGCCAGCUGUCUAUAUAUAUGCUUGUAUCUUGAAGCACUACUGUAUAGUGUAACCCAUAGGAAAUGAUGAAUAAAAUUCACAUCAGGCUUAUUUGC